UCUAAGCAUUUCGAACGAGAAAAAGAUUCUGACAUACUCAAGCAAGCUAAGAAGAGAAAUGGAGGCGGAAAGGAUUCAGGCUUUGAAGGGUUUUGUGGAUUUCUGCAAACUGAACCCACAUGUCUUACACACUCCAACUCUUUCAUUUUUCAAGAGCUUUCUACAAAGUUUUGGAGCUCGAAUUCCGGCGAUUGGAGGAUCGAGCAAUGACGGUGAUGACCAUGAAGAUGAAAAGCCGUCUGCUUCAAGGAAGCGUGAUGCACCAAUGGAGGAUACCUUAAAUAAGGACAUUGUUGAAUCUGACAAUGAUCCUCCACGGAAACUGGGUUGUGUUGAAGUAACCGAAGAUGAUCAGUUAUCAAAAGCAACAGCUCUGGAAGCACUGGCUGAAGGAGAAGUCAUUCUGAUCCAUUCUGGUAGCGACUUGGAUGAGAAGCUCGAUGCUGCUUCAAAGGCAUCUCGCCUCUCAGUUCUCUACUUCACUGCAACGUGGUGUGGGCCCUGCCGUUACGUCGGCCCUGCUUUCACUAGCUUGGCAGCUAAAUACCCAAAAGUCGUUUUCUUGAAAGUGGACAUCGACGAGGCCAGACAGGUUGCUUUUGAAUGGAAAAUCAGUAGCAUCCCGACCUUCUUCUUCAUCAGAAAUGGUGAGGAGGUGGAUCAGCUCGUCACAGUGGAUAAAAACGUGCUCGAGCAGAAGAUUGCUCAGCAUGCUUGACUGAUUGUGUUGGAAAAAGUAUCUACAUUUGAUCCAUAGAACUACAUUUUUUGGAACAUGCAUUACAAAUAAUUUUCCUGUGUUAAUUAUGUUCGGAUAUUACAUGUGAGUUGUCUCAUGUUAAGGGAAAAAAAAAAAGAGAUCAAUUACGUACCAAGUGAGAAACUACCAAAACAAUUUCUUUUGCAUCUGAUGAUUAUCUAAGCAUAUUAGGAAAGAAGUAGAGUCUUCGUGUAAAAGGGGAAAAAAUGGUUAAUUUGCAAUCUGAAACCGUCAAUGUAACUUGUUUCUGUUUCUUAA